AAACAUUCCCGUCUCAGUUCACCAAGCAUGUCGUGUUUGUUGUUUUGUGAACUGAUCCCAAUUCCUGUUGGAGCCAAAUUCACUCUAAAAAGACAAAUAGUUUAUUUCUGCGGAUGGAUUAAAAGGGGAGUUUUAUGUAUGUGUCUGAUUGGGAAUCGGCGGAAGGCCGAGCCUCACCUUAACACAUAAAAGUAGUCCCUGUCUGUAAGGAGAACCGGGUUUCGGAACCUCUCCCCGCGCGUCCGGCUCGCAUCAUCCAGUCGGUCUCCGCCCCGUCGCUCCAUCAUCAGCUCACAUCCAGGGGAGGGGGGGAAUAGAAAAGAAACGACGGGAGCAGGAGGAACCACGUCGGUGGAAAUAAGGAACCAUGAAGGACCGCAUGCAGGAACUUAGACAUGGCAAGGAGACAACAGAAGAAGAGGAUGAAGUCGCUGUGGGGAUGGACAAAGGCUUCAUGGAGGAAUUCUUUGAACAGGUAGAGGAGAUCCGGGGUUUUAUCGAGACUCUGGCAGAGAAAGUGGAAGAGGUGAAGAGAAAGCACAGCGCCAUCCUUGCCUCGCCAAACCCCGAUGAGAAAACCAAAGCCGAUCUUGAGGACCUCAUGGCAGACAUCAAGAAACUGGCCAACAAAAUUCGCUCUAAAUUAAAGAGUAUUCAGCAAACCAUUGAGCAGGAGGAAGGGCAGAACAGAUCGUCAGCUGACCUGAGGAUACGCAAAACACAGCACUCCACGCUGUCGAGGAAGUUCGUCGAGGUGAUGUCGGAGUACAACACCACGCAGUCGGACUACAGAGAGCGCUGCAAGGGCCGCAUUCAGAGACAGCUGGAGAUCACUGGAAGAAACACUACAAAUGAGGAGCUAGAGAGCAUGUUAGAGAGUGACAACCCUGCCAUCUUUACCUCUGGGAUAAUAAUGGAUAACAUCACCCAACAAGCAAUGAAUGAGAUCGAGACGCGGCACAACGAGAUUAUCAAGCUGGAGAACAGCAUCAGGGAACUUCAUGACAUGUUCAUGGAUAUGGCCAUGUUGGUGGAGAGCCAGGGCGAGCUGGUGAACAACGUCCAGCGGAGUGUUCUGGGCGCUCAGGAAUAUGUGGAGGAAGCAAAGGAGCGCAUCCCAAAAUGCAAAAAGUUCAAAAAGACCAGCAGACGGAAAAUGAUCCUGAUAGGUGGUUGUGUCGCCGUGUGCCUCAUCAUCCUCAUUGUUUCUCUUGCUGUCGGCCUCAGUUAGGACCCUGACACACACCGCUUGCUACUCUAGAAGUGGCUCAAUAAUUUAGUGUCACCAUUGUAAAUGAGCACUCAAACUGUGUGGGACUAAUUAAUAUUGUCUAACUGUGUUAUUUUAUAUUGCUCUUGCACAUGUUGUGUUUCUUAUUUUGCACGUUUUCUGAAAAUAACAAAAUGUUGCAUACUUUCCCAAAUUGAGCAUUUGCUCUAAUUAUCUAAUUAUCACAUGCAUCUCUGAACAGUUCAUGGACAACCAAUCUUUUUCAAAACUUGUGGAUGCAAAGUUUUGAAUAAGCGCCAUAAAAAAAAUACUUUUUCAAGGGUGAUUAAAUCUAGUAAAGCAUUUCAGCAAGCUCACACCAAUGCAACAUUUUUUCACUUCAGGUAGAGAAACUAUUACCAGCAACAACGUCACCAGAUCUCACUUUCGAAAAAGCCAACCUAGUCCUUUAACUGCACUAGCUUAGCGUUGCUGUAUGUCUUACCACAAAAAACUCAGUUAGUUUUCCAAUAAUAUAUGUUCUUUUCUUCCUAAAAUGCCAUUUCAAGCUAUCACAACAAGCAGUGGUUUAAAAAAACAUCUGCAUUCAUUUGGCUCAGACACUGAAGAAAAUCGCAUAUUGUUUGGAGAAAGCUCAUUUAAAUUUAAUUUAAUGAAGUAAUCCCCAGACAUUUUCUACUUACCAUAUAUAAUUAGUAAAAAACCCAGUGAAAUAACAACUUUUCAUAUCUGAGAAAAUUCCCCAAAAACGAACAUCCGUCAACAGUCUGGCUGCUGGCUUCUCUGGAGUCGUCCGUUUCUGCUGUGGUAGCGAAUGUUUCCUGUCCUUAUCCCUCUGCCCCGAGUUGAAUCCAAGAUUCAAGUUGUUACAAUCACACAACAAGUGCAGAGAGACAAAGAGCGUUGUGCUCACUCCAUCAUUUUCUGUGUUGCCAUUAGCAGCCAUACAUCUGUUUCACAUUUGAAGUGUCUUCCUUUUUGUCACAAAAGAAAUCCAGUUAGUUUUGAAAAUAACAUAAAGCCACACUCUGUGUCAUUGUCCAUAUAUGGUAAUGGUAUUUCCCUUUGGAGAGGCUCAACUCCAGAAAGUCUCUCCUGAUACACAAUCAGGAGAGACAAAGCAAAUCAUUAUUUGCUUUGAAAAAGAUAGAAAGGUCCCCUUAAAUCCAUUUUUAUUUUAUAUAUUUAAUUGUUUUGGCUUGAAAAUAUAAUGCCUUUUACCUUUUCAGUUCAGGACAGAUUUGGAAAAUAAUUUAAUAGAAAUGCACAUAAAUAUGCUUGACAUACAUGUUAAAAUACAUCAUGACCAUUUUCCAUGUGAUUCAUACAACAAACUUUUGCGUAAAUGUUGCUUCGGCUGAGGCUAUUCAACGGAGACCCAUAUCAACAAUUUGAUCAACAUGCCAUGAGAAUUUGCAUGGAUCCACCAAAAGCAUUUGGUCCAUCACAGAAAUUAGGAACUGCCUUUUUGAUUUAAAGGUUGAACAAGUAGCAGUAGCCAAUUCUGUCAUGAGAAAUGCGCCAACUGAGAAUAACUGUGAUAUAAAUCCACUAUUUGGUCUUUAGUUCCUAUCAUUUAGCUCUUUUGCUGAAUGAGAGACAUGGAUAAUUCAACUAAAGCUCAGAUUAAAACAAAUCUGAGACAUCUUGUUAUUGUUUUGUCGGACACUGGUUGCUUAUGAAUUAUAUUUAUUGAUAGUGUUAAAAACCUGUGUUGAGCCUUUUUCUACCACCAGAGGGAGCUAAAGCUGAUUCUCUGACCUUGCUUUUAACGCUGCAGUGAUCGUGUUUGUUGGAUGUGUAAAACGCCACUAAGGUAGAGAGAACUCAACAUGCUGUAACAUAAGAAGGCGGCUUGAUCUGAUCUAAUGUAUUUAUCUGAAAUACUCUAUUAAAUCAAGCAAAAGAUUGCUAAAAAUCUUUAGUUGAGAUUGCUAAAAUCUCAAUCUUUAUUGCCGUGACGACAGUAACUUUCAUUUCAGCUGAAUUUCCUCUCAGAGGACAAAAACGUUUAUAGCUUGCUGUAAAUAUUGCAGCACUCUUUUAUUUACCUGCAUUUUCUGAAGAAUUGAUUACAAUCUUAAAUGAUAAUUUUACGUUUCACUGAGUUCUCUCUGCCUGUAAAGCUUAACGUUAUCUUUAAGUUGUUGAACAAAAUGCCGGAAGCAAAUAUUCAAACGUGAGCUUUUACAAAUCCUUGUCAUAGUUGCACUCCAAGAAUUUCCUGAGAUUAUUUUAUGCUGUUAAAUCCCACUUUUGUUUUCUGAGUUCCACUUUGUUCAAAUGUAUUAAAGCUCUGUUCAUACUGCUAACAUGCUUUCUUCUCUUUCCUGUCUGCUGCGUGGGAUUUUUCUUUUUUUAUGUCAUUAUUCUUUUCUUUUUUUUACUCUCUGUAGAAGAAAAUCAUGAUCAUUAUAUGCUGUGUGGUUUUGGGAAUUGUCAUUGCUUCCAUAGUUGGAGGAACUCUGUCUUAAACCUCUGCUGCUGUCACACCCACAAAUGAAAACAGGCAAAACCAGUUCAUUCAGUGUCCUGUAUAAAAAACUUCAAUCCAGAACGGUGUUUCCCAGCCCCGGUCCUCAGAUCAAACUGCCCUGUGUCUUGUAGAUGUUUUUCUUACGAUAACACAAUCGAUUCUGAUAAUUGAAGUUCAACCGGCGCCUGGCAGUUGGCCAAUUGGUCGAAAUCGGGUUUUCCGAAGCAGAGAGACAUCUAACGCAUCCCUGGCGGUUCAUCCUGAGGGUCGGUGUUGGAAACGACCAAUCUGGAACAUGCCACAUUACUGUAUGAUGCAUUCUGCAAAUAGUGUACAGGGCCAGAGGUGAUCUCGCAUGAGUUGCUAUUUUGUAAAAAUGUGGUGCUGCAAGUUGUUCAUCUGGAUGUUGUUAAAGGCUAUGAUGUUUCUGGAAAAGGGACGUUACUCAAUAGUAUGUAUUCUUAGGCAUUCCAAUUCGCAAAUAAGACACUACUUUGUACUCUCUGUUUUGUGUUGUACAAGCGAAGUGACGGGUCACUCACCUGCAGUGUUUUCACAGACAAUAUUUUACCUAUUGAUUUGUAGUUUUUUAUAUAUAUAUGUUCAUAUUUUAUUCUAGUUUCCUUCAAAGCCCUUCAUGGUGAAGUGUUGUUCUGUGUUCAGAUGCAAGGGGGGGGAGGGGACCAGAAAAAGAAAACUAACCAUGUACAGACGUAAAUGUUUUUGCUUGUUGAAUCCUCACACUGCCAAACUUCUUUUGUUUUACUAUUUUUUAUAUACACAGCUGAAGCAGUUAAACUGUUUCUUUUACACUGCCUGGCAAAAAAAAAAUGUCGCCACCAAAAAUGGUCACACUCUCUAAUAUUUUGUUGGACCGCCUUUAGCUUUGA